AUGGACAACCCAACACGCGACGAAGGUCGCCAGCAAGACCAAGGAAGGCCUCCACCAGAACAGGACGCCCAAGACCCGGUAGGUUUUCGCCUUAAUUGCAAUAUUUCAGGGAUUUUCAGUUAAGGCUCUCAGCCAUAUGAAAACAAUGUUUCAAUGAAAAACAGAAAGAAAUAUUGGCUUUUUCUGAUAACGGUCAUUUGCAGAAAAUUCAAAUGAUUGAAAAGUCCGAUGUUUGUUGCUCUAAUAACUAUUUGAAAAACAGAACGUCCAGAUUAUUAUUAAAAAAUAAAACGUGAACCGUCGUUUCAUCAUUUUCGUGAUGAAAACAUGCUCCUAGGUCCUUUUCAGAUUGAUGUUUCGAAUGUUUCUUGUGUCUCUCGGAAUUUGAUAUUUUUGAACCCUGUCAUUUUGAGUAAGACCUUUUUUGACGAAUUUAUCCUCAACAAAACUCUCAAGAGAACACAGUAUUUGUGAUGUCGGAUGUUUUUUGGUAGAUAACCGAGAAAAUUAAAGAUACUGAAGAAACUCUGAAGUUUUCUAGAAGCGAUGCAAGAAAGAGUUAUGGAAACUAGAGAGCCUACUUUCUCAGGAACCUCAAAAGAGGGCACGAAGAGGUCCUUCGAAAAUCACCAAAUUCAAAAAUUCAACUGUAAAAAAAACUCAUUUGCUUUUACAGCCACCGCCGACGCACUCCCUGCGCCUUUCACCGCAGCAGGUCGAAGACGUAAGUUUUUCCGACUCGGCUUCAAUAUUUCUUAAAGGAGCUUACUCGGAGCAGUCCCGGAAUUUUUUAAGAAGAAACAAGAGCCAACGCUUGAAAAAGUCUAAUUUUUUCGUCUCUAGAGGAUCUCAGUACGGCUUUUUGGACGUUAUACGGUGUUCACAGGGAUUUCCGCAAAAUUCAAAAUCUUCCAUGACUUUUAAAAACUUUUUUAUCAAAUUUUUGGGCGGUUUUUUUGAAUUUCGAGGAGCAGGACUAGUCUAACGACACACACGUUUGAAAAUGCGAGGUAUAGAGAUAUUUUGAGAAUUAUCAAAACUUUUCUGGGAAUUCUAAACAGUGACCAAAAAGAAAGAUUAUCACAUUUAUAUUGUUGACUUGUCGAUUACAUCUAAAAAGAUCAUUCAUAACUAAAAAAUAUUGAUUAAUAUUGAUUGAUUUUUCUAUCUUGUCUCCAUUAUAGCUGGCCGAGUUCCUCGAAUGGAACCAGUUGUUGCGGGGCCGGGAAACGGCCAGUUACGAGGUUGCGGUCCGCAGGGAUCGUCGGGGAGCAGCUGUAAGUUCUUCGAAAAAAUCGAAAUCUUUUCUCAACCAUCCCUGUUCAAAAACCAUCCAAAUAAGAAGUCUUCUUGCAAUUUUUUGUCUUCAGAAAACCCUUUAAUGCUCAAACGGUCGUAAAUUGAACCAAAUGAGGGAUAGCGAAAUCCGACAUACGAGAUCAACUUUAGCCGUAAAGUUUCUGUAAUCCUCAACGGUUUUUUGAAUAAACCGGAAACCCAGAAAAUAAACAGAUUUAGUAUCGAUUGAUUUCUUAUCGAGCCCCCAAAGAUCGAAAGGAGCUUGAAAGAACUCGUUCAGAACCUAGCAUGAAAAAAAAUGUCAAUCAAAUCAGAGGUUAUUUCAAAAACUUACGUACUGUAAGAGUCCUGCAACUUUCACACCUAAUAGGACAGAGUGGGAUUUUGUGAAGAAAAAAAGGAAAAUUUCUAUUUUACAGCGCCUUGAGCUGACGUUGGUCGGCGCCGCCACGACCCCACAGGUUGGUGUUUUUUUGAUUUCAGAAACAUUUCAAACCGAAAUGUUCAAUUAAUAACUAUCUCUAUGACCAGAAAAUUCAAUAAGAACGUCUCAGAAACAAAUUGAAGUAUGAAUAAAAUGGUUUCCGACAUAAUAGUCAAGUAAAGUGCGCUUAGUUCAAAAAAAGAUCGUAUCUUGAAUUUCUUUGAGAACAACAAAAGGCCUCGGUCUUUUUGCAAGGCUCCAGGUUUCCAACAACUUUCAUCUUUUCAAAAAACUGAUUAAGGCAGAAAUCAGUGUUUCCUUUUCUAUAGGACCGAAAAAAUUUGAGAAGAUCCUUUUGGACCUUUUUCCACUUGGAACAUCCGCUGCGUCUAUUUUUUUUUUACAUGAAAACAGACUUAACGAAAUUAGGAUCUAUUUUUCUCGAUUUGAUCGAUCCAAGUCUCAGAUGAAUGGAAUAAUUCAGAGGGGCAGGAAAAAAUCAAGAUUUCGAAUGCUAUUGAGAGGAUUGAGGCACAAGAAUCAUGUCGAUUUUAUCUUUUUGAUAACGAUUUUACAGAGGAAUGAAGAAGAGGGUACCGUGAGGUCCCGAGAAGAACAAGAAGGUUGUGGGGUCGGGGCACCGAUCAAUCCGGUUAGUUUUCUGGCGCUCUUUCAACAUUUUCGAAUUCAAGAUACUCUUACUUUUCGGGUUCUCCAUGGGUAGAAGAGAAAAAGAAACCCUCAGAAAAAUGUGAACAGGGAAACAGAAAUCGGAAGACAUUUUCAUGCCUUUACUGAAAAAUUUGAUUAAGAUCGACAGUGGGGAGGUCGUCCCAAGCGCGCCCUCCGUCUCCAACAAGGUUGGGGAGAGGGUAGAAGAGAAGGAAGGAAAGAAGGAAGAAGAAUUGAAGGACAAAAAUGAGGAAGAAAAGGAGAAAACCGGAGAAGAAGCUCAGCCCCCCGAGGUCCGUUUUUUUUUUAAAGUUAACUAGACAGCUUGAAAUUGAAAGCUUUUGAGGUAGUGAAAUCUUUACUAACUUUGCUCGAACAGUAUUAAGUUUUCCGAUUCCAAUAAGUAUUUUUCUGGACGAGUUCAUUUUCUCAAGAACAAUGCAAAUCGACGUUUUCUAUCCUCUCCUGUUUUUCAGAUUCUGUUGAACACUCAUAAAUAACACGAAAUUCUGCCAUUCCUAGCAUACCUUUCUGGUUUCAUUCGCCAAGAAAAGAAAUUGAUACUUUUGAGCUUGAUUGAACAACAUAGAACCGAUAUAGGUUGAGUAGGACCAAAAAUACCGUUUUUAAGAUGCUUCGGCUGUCAAGACUUUUUCAAUAGAAACAGGGCUCUUGUGUGUCCUUUUUCCAUUUCUACAUGAUGAAAAAAGUUAGAAAGCUACGAGAUUCGAACGCUAAAAAUAGGGACAAUAUAGCGCUGACCAAAAUUGAGUUUUCUGUCCAGAUUUCCAACAAAACGGAAGUAAAAAUGAAAUUUACAGCCGUCCACGAGCCCACGUUUCGGUAUCACGGCGCGCAAACGGAGAUUGGGAGAGAGCCGCUCCGCGCAGCCACCGAAAGUCAGUUUGGGAAAAAAAAAAUAGACACUUAAAAAGCAAAUCAGAGCUUCUCAUGAUUUUUGUAACCAUCUUGACCAGAAAUUCAUCAAACCUAAUUGUCAGAAGGAAGAUGUUAGAAGAAUUCAAUUUUUCAAAGCGUUUCGAAGAUGCUAGAAAAAACAGUGGAGAGAAAAAUUCGGGUUCUUUUUAUUCAGAAGAGUGCAAGAAUAAGUGAAUUCUCGCAGUUGUUACUCAAAAAUUUUUAUAAUGAAAUUGCAAAAAAAUAUAAAAUAAUGAAUAAAAUUCAGCGCGCGCUCAGUGGACCCGGGGGGUCAGCGGAGAAGAGGAAAGGAGAAGGCUCGGAAGGCCCGGAAAGGAAAAGUCGUCGCCCAGACGCCGUCGACGUUGGUUUUUAUUCUUUCGAAGAGUUUAAUCGAACAUCUUGAUAAAAUCUAUAAAAGAUCAUUUACUGAAAAGAAUAUAUCGCUACAGGGUUCAAAAAAACUUCAUUGAAAGUUUGAAGAGAACUCUGGGUUAAUUUAAGGGGGCAAACGAAAAAUUUUUAUUUUGAUUGAAAAAAUUUUGGAAAACGAUCGAAGAACAAGGCAAAGCUGGGCAAUCCUGCGAUUAUUGGAUUCCGUUUCUGAACGGUUUGUUUCAGGCCGAAAGGCUCGAUGAAGAACCCGUGAAUGAGAUGAGAACGGACCAGGAUGAUGAGGAAAGAGGCCAAAACCUGCGGCGAAUGGAGGCGGAUCUUCUCGACUUGGAGAGUCCCCCAGCUACUGUUAGUUUUCCGAUUCCACAUGUCGUUCAUUUUCAGCGAAGCUUUCUUUGUUCAUAAUAUAUACGAGGAAAUUUCGAAAAACAUUAUCGGAAAGCCAAAAAAAGAAGAAGAAAAGAUCUCUUGAAGAUAAGAACAAACUUUUCGCACAUGAUUAUUUUGAUAUUCCGACUUUGGUGGAUGACCUAAGACUCUGAGGAUCUCAAAGAUCAAAUAAAAUGAUAACCUGUUGGACUACUGAGAAAAACAGAACUGAUUCAGCGCCACUCACCCGAAUCGGAAGCCAGACAGGAAGAGCCAGAAGAACAGUCGUCGGGAUCGUCCUCCAGCUCUUCGUCAUCGGUAAUUUUCGGCUCUGCUUUCUAAAUCGCAUAUCCAUCUCACUCUGCGUGGAAGUUCAAGCUGUUCCCAUCGAUCCCUCGAAAAGAUUCCUCUAGAUAUUUUUUGCCCUCUUUUCAAGCAUUUCCGUCAUAACCAUUCCACAGAAGGUAUAUAACUUUGAAAAUCUCAAUAUCCUCAAUAUAUCAAUUCAAACUGUUUGAUGCGAAUUAGAAAAGAUGAUGAGCUCAGAAAUUUCGGACCUUGGAAAUCGAUUUUAUUAACAUUUGAGCUUCUGUAUGAGAAAUGUAAUCAAUCUCGAAUAAUUCUGUAGGUCUCAAGUUUGUCCAAUAGUUCUCGUUAUUUUUGAUUUACGCGGUUUAAGUCGAGUUGGAAGAAACUGAGAUAUUUUCCUUAACUCGGAACCCUGAAAAAAAGAGUUUCCAUUGUUUGAAAUACGUUGCAAUAAAUUUGAUAAGGAGAAUGAUCUUGGAAGAUAUUAAUUUUUGAAGAUAUAACAGAAUUUUCCAUCACUUUUCAAUGUCCUAUGUAGGAAAAAUACCAAGAAAGAAAAAAAUCAAAACAAAUUGAACUUCAAAAUGGAAGAGCUUUCCGAAUUUUCUUCUUCUUUUUUUGUAAAUAUUCAUUCAAGGCGCCUUGGCCGGAAGAGCUUGAGGACGUCUACGAGCUGUUCGACCUGGAGUCGAUGGAAGAGUUCGACGACGAGGUUAGUUUUCCAAAUCUUCUUUUUUCGCCUUUUUGUAAUAGAAGAAAAUAUAAUUGUCUUCCUUAUCAAUUUUUGAUUUAUCUUUUUGAAAAAGAAAAAAAGAUCAAUAAAAAGCCAGAAGAAAAGUCAAUUUCACUGGAAAAAAACUAGUUGCCAGAAUCACAAACCUCUCAUAACUGAAAAUAGAUGAAUUUCGGAAUUUCGAUAGAGUUCCGGAAUACGAACUUUGGCGAGAUCUCAGUUUUUAUAUUCAUUGAAAGAAAGAAUAAACAGUUUAGUUCGAUUAAUGAUGUCUAAAGAAGUUGUUUCAGACCGGCUCGUCCGACUCGUCGGAUUCCUUCUUUCUCGGACAGCACGCGCGGGAGAGAAUCGCCCUCGCCUGGGCUCGACGCAAUCUCCUGGAGCUCGAAGAAGACGUUGAGGAAGGAGCCGAAGUCCGCCGUGCCGAAGACCCCGAACCCCCCGCCGCCGAAAGAGUCGCAGAUGAAGUUGCCGAAGUCUUCCUUCUUGAGGUUUCUUUUCCAGUUCCUAUACCACUUGUCGUUUGGUUGAAACCUCAGAAAAUAGUUCAAAAAAAAUUUUUUUGGUUUUUUUGUGAUAUUCAUCUCAAGAAAUAGGAUAAUUUGAAAAGCGAAUUGGCCUAAAACUUGAAAUUGAACAGAAUUUCUGUUAAGCUUGCGAUGAAGAAAAUUCUUUUGAAACUAUGAGCUUUACUUUUUGAUCGAACUGGUGAAUGGGUUUUAUGUAGAAUAUUCCAGCUUUUUUGUACUUUUGAGCGUUUUAAUGUGAAAAAGACGUAAAAGAUGAGAUUGGGGAAGAAAACAAUUUUCUAAACCAGUUUUAUUUAAAUCUUCAACAAUUUUUCUUUUUCGAUUUGACUUCAGUCAUUCCAAUUUGUCGUGAAUCGAAGAUUUUUGGAUCAUCUUAAAAGUGAAACUUUGAAAAUCUAGUUGUCGGAAAAAAUAAGAGAAAUUCGCGACAAGUUUGGCUUCAUGUUGGAGAUCUCAGGUCUUCUUGAAAGGCUUAUGUUGGAAUUUCAGGGCGACAAUGAGCCCGAAGCCGAAGAAAGGGAAGAAGCGGUAAAGGAGGAGAAGGAAGAGGAUGAGAAGGAAGAUGAGAAGGAAGCCGUCGAGGACGAGGAGGCCAAUGACCAGGCCGGUCCAGCAACCCAGCCCGCCGCAGCUCCUCAACAAGCUGCGGCUGGUGUUGCCGGCUCUGGUCAAGCCCGGAAACAGCCCGCCAGCCAGGUAACGAACAAAACUUAAGAAAAAAACUAAUAAGAAAGUCUCCUUAACUUUUUUAAAGCUGCUGAUCUCCGUCCUACUGAGCUUUCUCAGCCCUUUUUCGAUGAGAUUGAAUUUGAGCUAAAAAAAUUUUUUCGAAAUGACUUGAGGCUUUGACAGACAUGUAUCUGUAGAGCACAUUUUCAGAGCGAAUUUUCGCCGCUCUUUCCGAAAAGAGCUCACAAAAAUAGUUAUUUUGAGUUGAUAAAAAAACCACAAAAUGAACUGAAAUUUUUUUUCGAUUACUGAAAACCCUAAGAUCUUAACCUGCUCAAUUGUCCUAGACUUCGUGCCUUUUUUCUUUUCAAAAGUCGGCGUUUUGCGGAUUGCGAUCUUAUCUUAUGAGCUUGUUUCAGCGUCCCAGGCGAGCCCUCGGAGUCGCUCAACGAGCCUCGAGACGGCUCAUGGGCUUGGGCGUUGGCCAAGCCGUCCGCCGCGUGCCGCCAGCCCUAGCUGGUCUGUCUCCGGCCCAGCUCCUCCUCAAGAUCAGAGAGGAGUUGGAGGCCAAGCUACGGGACGGUGGCUCCGGCGACGAAGAGCUGCGGAAGGUUGGCCGCCUCUCCUCGGCCAGGACAUCGCUCGAAGCGAUACAGAAGGGGCGCCACGUGACGGGCGUUCAGAUGGCCAGGAUCCUCCGCAAGAUCGAAGGAGGAUACUGA